AUGUCUCUCGCUGUUGACGGUUUCAAGUCCUCUGCCCUCCUCACCCAGAUCGACGAGCACCUCAAGGGUCUCUCUGAUGCUGAGCGUGCUGAGCAGGUUAAGAAGGUCAAGGGUAUCUUCCAGUUCAACGUCAAGAACAACGCCGGCCAGACUGCCACCUGGACCUUCGACCUCAAGACCGGCAACGGUGAGAUGCACAAGGGAGUCGUCGCUGGCAAGAAGCCCGAUAUCACGAUCGACAUUAAGGAUGACGACUUUGUUGCUCUUGCCGAGGGCAAGGCCAACGGCCAGAAGCUGUUCAUGUCGGGCAAGAUCAAGGUCAAGGGUGCCAUUAUGAUGGCUACCAAGUUGGACUCUGUCUUGAACGCUGCCAAGGAGAAGACUGGUUUCAAGGCCAAGUUGUAA